CCCACGCCAGCACAGCCUCCCGCCCCGGCCUGCGGGGAGGCACGGGCAGGAGCCUGACCCGCCCGGCUCCCGCCGAGCCCUCAGCCCGCCCCGCCAGCGCUGGCCCUCCAGAGCGCGCCCGGCCCAGGGCGCCGCCCCGCGGAACGAAGGGAGCCGAACUCCUUCGUCCCUUUCCGCCAGCAAGCGCCGAUAAUUUCCGACUGCCCCCCAAAUCGGCGCCGAACCUCUUCGGCAGCUUCCGGAAUCCCCGGAAGGGAGGCGGGCGAGGGCGUUCGGGUGUCUCCGGCACGGGCAGGGCUGGCGAAGGAAGAGCGCCCGAGCUCCCACCCCGGCCGGGCAUGCGGCUGCUCUCGCGAGCUCUCCGCGCCGCGCAAGGCUGCCGGGCCGCCGCGCCAAUCCCUCGGAGCCGCCGGGCAGCGCCGGGCGGGAGCUGCGCGGCGGUGACAUGGCAGCAGCAGCCGCGCCGGGGGCUGAGCGCCCGGCCCAGCUUGGCCGACCUGUUCGCCGCCCCGUCCUUACGGCGGCUGCUGGAGGCGCGGGGCGGGGCCGGGGCGGGGCCGGAGCUGGCGGUGCGGAUCCAGCAGCUGCGCGACAAGGAGCAGGAGCUGCGCGACACGCUGGAGCUGGCGCGGCAAGAUGAGAGUGAAGAUUUCCAGAAACUCGCAGAAAGGGAAAUUGCCUCCUGUGAAGAAGAGAUAGCUGAACUGAAACACCAGAUACUGUUGCUUUUGAUUCCUUCAGAAGAAACAGACAAGAGUGAUCUUGUCAUGGAAGUAACCGCUGGAGUUGGAGGGCAGGAAGCCAUGCUGUUCACCUCGGAGAUAUUUGAUAUGUAUCAACGAUAUGCUGCCUAUAAAAAGUGGAAAUUUGAAAUAUUAGAAUACUUUCCCAGUGAAAUAGGUGGCCUAAGACAUGCAGUUGCCAGUAUAGCUGGUCUUGAGGCUUAUAAGUACAUGAAAUUUGAAGGAGGGGUGCACCGUGUCCAGCGGGUACCAAAGACAGAAAAGCAAGGGCGCAUUCACACCAGCACAAUGACUGUUGCAAUAUUACCCCAACCCACCGAGACAAGGCUGGAAAUUAAUCCGAAAGACCUACGGAUAGAAACAAAGCGAGCUAGUGGAGCUGGAGGCCAGCAUGUCAAUACCACAGACAGUGCUGUACGGAUAGUUCAUAUUCCAACAGGGAUAAUGUCUGAAUGUCAGCAAGAAAGAUCUCAAAUUAGAAACAAAGAGAAGGCUAUGCAAAUGCUAUGUGCCAAACUAUACAACGCCAAACUGGAAGAAGAAACCAAAAAGAGAAACAAUGUUCGAAAGAUUCAAAUUGGGACUAAAGGAAGAUCAGAGAAGAUCAGAACAUACAACUUUCCACAGGACCGGGUUACUGACCACAGGAUUAGCAGAUCAGUGCAUCAUAUUGAGUGUUUCAUGCUAGGGGAAGAAAUGCUAGAUGAAAUGAUACAAACUUUGAGUGAAUAUGAUGAUUAUGAAUCUUUAAUGGAAAUUAUUUCAGAAAAUGAAAAAAAGCAUCUUUCCUGAACAAUGCUUUUUUUCAGCCCAUUACAGAAGAUGUAGACACUUGUCUGCAAAGGAGCUUCUUGGAGCAACACCCAGAAAAUGCAACUGCUUUUCAGAUCAUGAAAGACACCACAGCUUGUUUCCUCGUGACUGAUAAACAGUGUUCUCACUUGCCAAGUGAGAUGGGCUUGAUGUAGCAGUCCACUUAAAUAGUAAAUUGGACUGGGUCAGAAGUAACUGCAAUUUUUAACUUUCUCCACUGAGAAGAUAAAGAUACACCACUAUUGAAAGGUAUGUAUUAAAAAAUGAGCUAUUUCUAGUCACAGUUUUCAUUUAAACAGUAGUUUAAACAUCACUAGUGUCAAAUAGCAUACUUGAGAGAACAAAAAGUCGUAUUUUGUUUGAGUGAUUGGAAGCAAGUGAUAAAUAAAUGACCCCAUUGCUAAUCUGCA